AUACAAAAUAAAAUAAAAUAAAAGAGAGAUGACUACACCAAGCAGAAGAUUAGAAGUAAUUAAACAUCAUCUUAAUCCAAAUGAUAAGCCUCACUUUGAAACAUUACACAUGAAUAGAAAAUCAGACGAGGUACCAUAUGUAUCAAAAUUAGAUCCUUUGAGUUUUCUUUUACGAAGUGCUAUGGUGCAUACUCAUAAAACAGCCAUUAUUCAUCGAGAACAAUCAUAUAGUUAUUUACAAUUCUCUGAAAGAGUUAGAGCACUUGCAAAUGUACUCAUUCAUACUUUUAACGUUAAACCAGGUGAUCGUGUUGGUAUUCUUUGUCAGAAUAUUCCAUCUUUUAUAGAAGCACAAUAUGCUGUACCUGCUAUUGGUGCCAUAACAGUACCUAUGAAUACAAAGCUUGCUGCAAAGGAAAUAGAGUAUGUCAGUGAGCAUUCAGGUGUAUCGGUACUGAUUGUACAGCAGGAGUUACUAAAUAGAGUCACGGAAAAGAUCAGAUCAUCUGUCAAGUUAAUUCAGGUAGCUGAUUCAAAUGAUCCUAAUACAGAUCCUUACGAAAUAUUAUUAUCAAAUACUGAUAAACGUUUAUCAUGGAAUGACUUACCAAGAUCUCGCGAUGAAAAUGAUCUUAUUUCAAUUAAUUAUACAUCUGGUUCUACGGGUAAACCAAAGGGCGUCAUGGUAUCCUUUCGUGGAGCCUAUAUGAUGGCACUUGGGAUGGCUGUUCAUGUAAAACUCGCAGUAGAUACUGUCUAUUUAUGGACUUUACCCAUGUUUCAUUGUAACGGAUGGGGAUUUCCUUGGGCAAUCGUAGCUGUAGGAGGAACUCAAGUUAUGUUGAAUAAAAUAGAUUAUACACUUAUUUGGAAAUUAUUAAAGAAGCAUGGAAUUACACAUUACAAUGGUGCUCCUACCGUUCAAAAUGAAAUUUGUAACCAUGAAGAUGCUACUCGAUUAAAUCAUCCUGUAUAUGCUUAUAGUGGAGGUUCGGCUUUACCGAGUGUAUUAAUUAAACGUAUGGAAGCCUUGAAUCUUAUACCUACACAAGUCUAUGGACUUACUGAAACUUAUGGACCUGCAGUCUUUACUUAUGAUCAUCAUACUUUAUCUGAUUACACAGAAGAAGAACAAUAUAAGCUUUUGGCUAGACCUGGAUUUAAUAUUAUUACUUCAGAUGAAGUUCGAGUUUUGAAUGUCAAUACUGCUCAAGAUGUAAAGCCAAAUGGUAAAGAGAUUGGUGAGAUUUGCUUUACUGGGAAUCUUGUGAUGAGAGGAUAUUAUAAAAAUCCUGAAGAAACUAAAAAGGCCUUUAGAAAUGGUGUUUACUGGACGGGGGACCUUGCUGUUAGACAUCCUGAUGGCUCUAUUGAAAUUGUAGAUCGUAGUAAAGAUGUUAUUGUUUCUGGUGGUGAAAAUAUUAGUUCUAUAGAAGUUGAAAGUGUAAUCCUUGAACUAGAUGAAAUAUCCGAAUGCGCUAUUGUUGCUGGUCCUGAUGAUAGAUGGGGUGAAAGACCAGUUGCCUAUAUUGUGCUUAAAAAGAAUAGAAUUUUAGAUGCUCGAUCAGUUAUUAACCAUUGUCGAAAGUGUUUAGCAGGUUAUAAGUGUCCAGACAGAAUCAUUUUCAUUCAUGAUAUUCCCAAAACAAGUAUAGGAAAAGUACAAAAGUUCAAAUUACGAGAAAGUUUGUGGGCCAAUUACAAGAAGAGAGUAAACUAAUAAAGUACAUUUUAUUCAUCUUUAUAAAUAAAUCUAUAAUGCAUACGGGUUUUUUUUUCUUUCCUUUUUUUUUU